AUGGUACCUACAGAGUACGAGGCAAAGAAGCGCCGCACGCGCAGUGACUAUGGCUACCACCAGGUGCACCAGACACGAUGGUUUGACAAUGACAUGUAUGCCCACCUCAACAACACCGUCUACACGGCUCUCUUCGAUACUAUCGCCAAUUCUUACCUGAUCGAGCACUGCGGCAUGAACCCCUUCACGGCGUCCAAUAUCUCCGGCGGAACCGACCAAAUUGGCCUCAUUGUAUCCACACACUGUGACUUUUUUGCAUCCGUUGCUUUCCCGGAUACACUGGAAGUGGGUCUUCGCGUCGCUAAGCUGGGGUCGUCUAGCGUCACCUGGGAGAUUGGCGUGUUUCGUAAGGGCGAAGAGAACGUCAAAAUGGUUGGCACAUAUACCCAUGUCUUUGUGUUGCGAGAGACUAUGCGUGCCGGAAAAGAAGGCAUGGAAAGCCGUGUGCGCCAGGGACUCCAGAAGCUACUAAGCUCGCCCGAGGCCAAGCUCUAA